GGUGGCGAUAAUGCCCCACAUGGUUGCGACUCGACAGUGAAACAAGAAGGAGAAGAAGAAACAAACACGAAGAAGAAGAAGAAGAAGAAGAGCAGCUGUUUCGAAGGAAGCAUUUAUUGUAUCAUAACUUUGUUUCACACACGUCUUUAGCAAAACAAAACGGCAGCGCAAGUCACAGUGCGUCAUUUUUGACCCGACGUCGUAAGGGUUCGGGUUAGCGGUGACUAACUGUGAGCGUUUUAUGAAACCGGUGGAUAUUUUUGUUAUACUUGUAAGCUAUGUAAUGCUAUGCUAGUACCCCGAGAGCGAGCGCAGUGUCCCGCGAAAAUCAUGUUUUUUCUUAUCGUGGUGUGACGACCGUCUUGGGUUUUGAAGCGGAUCAUCGGGACACCGACUGCAGGAGAUAUGUCUGACUCUCCGUGUGAGUCGGUUGUUUCCAUGAAUGAGAAUCUGGGCGGGAGGACAAGUUCGGCAAAUGACUCUUUCGGUCAAAUAAAAAAGGCAGUGGUGGUCUUGACCCGACUCCCUGACUACAAGGUCAGUGCCCUGCGACCCCCGACGCCGCCGCAGUUCUACAGUGAAGACGAGUCUCUCAGCAGCUCUGACUCGGACAUGCAGUGGGAGCCAGAAGAAGACUCGUCUGACUCCGAUUUUUCCUUCUCAAACAAUAAACGGAAAGUGGCGAAACUUCCGAGGGCUGACACAACGAAGACGCCUGCACCAUCAACGAGCAGUAACAACAACGACAACAACAACCCGAAAGUGGCGGCAUCAACUUCUGGCCAUUGGAUUAAUGACAAGUCAAAGAUUCGUCCUAACUUGCCAGAGGAAGAGGUCAAAGUGGGCAUGAUGGUACUGGCCCGGAGGAUGCACAUGAGAUGGCGGCGGGGGAAAGUAAUGGAAAUAGUUACGAAGGAAGAUGGACGAAUAAAGUACAAAGUCAGUUUUGAAGAAAAGGGAAAGAGCCUAGUUUCCGGACACCACAUCGCCUUUGACACCACACCGACGCUGGAGAAGCUGUACAUUGGCGCUCGCGUGGUGGUCCAGUGUCAAGACAACAACCUCUGGUUCCGGCCUGCUAUUUUGGCAGAGCUCCCCAGUAGAAAGAACCACUUAAGGUUCUUAGUCUUUAUGGAUGAUCACACGCCGACCUAUGUUGGUUUACCUAUACUUCACCUGGUGUGCAGACCAUUGGAAGAUGUUGUGGAGACCCUCCCUGAUGGCCAUCACAAGUGUUUCAUGAGGCAGUACCUGAAGGACUGGCCGUACCCACACUUAACCCAGUACAAAGCUGGAGAGUCUGGCAUCGUAGAGUUAAACGGAGUCAAGCAGAACUGUGACGUGCAGGUGGUCGACUGCAGCUUGAUGCAGGUCCUUUUUCAGGAUUCUCAACACCAGGAGUGGAUCCACCGUGGCUCCUUUCGACUGGAACAACAUAUGGCCAGGUUAUUGCAAUUGCAAGGUGAGGAACGGAAGCCCGAGGACACAGAGGAAGACAAAUGAAGAUCUGGAAAAUGAACAGACUGCACAGUCAAUAAUAUCCCAUCAUUAUCAUCCCCCAAAUGAUCUGUCAUGAGAUAUUUUGGAACUGAAAAAUAAAACUUUCAGCUAUGACAUUUGUUCCCAUCAGAUUUUUCUUUUUUUUACAACAUUUUUGUAUGAUACAAAUCUGCAGGUGUAGAUUUAUGUGCAUACUCCCCCCCCCCCCCCCCUUUUUUGUAAUUGUAUGUGGUUGGGGGUCGUCUGUGUCCAUACAAGUUUUAAGGAUAUUGAUGGUGAUCAUCGUUCAUAUCCAUACAGUGUUUAUGAAUAAAUGAUUUACUACAGCACACAAUUGUUUGCAAGAUCAUAAAGUUCUCCACAGAUCUAGCCUCCUAAAUUGUAACUUUGAAAUGUACAAAAUUUGCUUACAGGGGACCCUGACCCCACACCCUUCUUGAGGGUCUGAUGUCUCCACCCACCAUAGUCUCUUAAUAGUCUGACAGAUAUGGACGACAUGGUGAACAAAGUGCCAAAGUGAAUUGAGCCUGUGAAUGUUUUUCUCAAAAUAUUUUCCCCAUGUUGGCAGGUCUGAAGUUGUAGUUAUUUUAUUCCAAUAUGUCCUGUUUGUCUAUGAUCUUGUAGGUUGUGACGAAUUCGGAACAAAUUGUCCAACGAGUGGCUGAUUCUAUAUUCAUAUGUAGAAAAUGUCUUUAAUUCUUUGUUGUUUUCCAUCGUACACUAUCCAAUUGGAUUACCACUUAUUUCUUGUUUAAUUUUGUAAAUGUUAAAAAAAAGUUUUACAUUUUUUAUUGGCUUAACUGUCCUCAGCUCCAUUUGCAGAGAUAUAUAUAAAAAAACAGAUUUUUUUAAACUUA